CUUGUCUUGAGGGCGGCGCCAGCUUGCUAGCUACCCCGGUAGUCGGAAAGCGUUGUUAUUAGUUGGAAAAUACAAAGCUGAAAAAUAUUCGCCGAACAUGGGAACACGCGAUGAUGAAUACGACUAUUUGUUUAAAGUCGUCCUUAUCGGAGACUCGGGGGUGGGGAAGAGUAACCUGCUGUCCCGAUUCACCCGGAACGAGUUCAACCUGGAGAGCAAGAGCACCAUAGGGGUGGAGUUCGCCACCCGCAGCAUCCAGGUGGACGGAAAGACGAUAAAGGCGCAGAUCUGGGACACGGCGGGACAGGAGCGCUACAGAGCCAUCACCUCAGCGUAUUACCGGGGAGCGGUGGGAGCGCUCCUGGUCUACGACAUCGCCAAGCACCUGACGUACGAGAACGUGGAGCGCUGGCUGAAGGAGCUGAGGGACCACGCCGACAACAACAUCGUCAUCAUGCUGGUGGGCAACAAGAGCGACCUGCGCCACCUCAGGGCCGUGCCCACCGACGAGGCCCGAGCCUUCGCCGAGAAGAACACUCUGUCGUUCAUUGAAACGUCAGCCCUGGACUCCACUAACGUCGAAGAAGCAUUCAAGAACAUUCUCUCAGAAAUCUACCGAAUUGUGUCUCAGAGGCAAAUAUCAGACAGAUCAGCACACGACGACUCUCCGGGCAACAACGUGGUGGACAUCAGCGUCCCCCCGACCAUGGAUGGGCAGCGGGGCAACAAACUCCCGUGCUGCCAAAGCCUGUGACCCUUAUGUGUGUUUUUGUUUUUUUGUCUGCCUCUUCCGUUCUUUCUGAUUCCCUUUUCACUGUCAUGCGGCUCUCAGUGCGUUCUCUUGUUUCCAAAAGGGCUGGGACAUCAAAACUUUUCACUCGACUUGUCACUUUUGCUCUUUUUUUUUUUUUCCCCCUCUUGAUCUUCCUUUUGAUUUCUAAGGAAAGCAUCUUAAAUAUUCGCCUGCCUCGGCGUAGCCAGGUGAAAGGCGCUUGAAGCAGGCGCAACCUGUAGUAAACUACAGUCUCUUUAUGUGUGGCGAGAUGCCGAUCCCAUUGACCCGCUCCUGCUGAGGGACCGGUGAGGGAUCAGCAGGGCUGCUCAUCGCCUCCUCUUCCAAGCCCCGAGGAGAAAGAAGCUCUGCUACGAGUCGGGGUGUGACAUUUCUUGCCUGCUACUUGCAGCCCUUUGCCCAUUCUGGAAUGAAAUCGGCACGAGCCAGAGGCAAGACUGGCCGUGGCUGACUGAUGUAACGUGGGCAGGCGUGAAACGAAUGCUGUGAUUUAACUGCGUGUGCGUGUGCGUGUGCGUGUGUCUCUGUACGUGUGCCGACCACAGAGCACAAAGAUACCAAAGGAAACUGUUGCAAUCAUGAUGCGCUUUCUAGGCUGUUUGCAAAAAGAAAAAUAGAAAUGGGUAACGCUCCAUGGACGAGCUGUUUCGUUAUCGUGUCCGCUUGAUCAUGCGCGUAAUCGGAUUAUUCUGAUUCUUGUUUUAAUUUGGCUAAGAUCAAACGUUGGCUGUCUCCAAAUCAAAGUUUUUGCACUAAUGUCCAACGAUUUCAGCGAAACACGUUCCAUCAUCAUUUCAAAAAAAAGAAAAGAAAAAAGACCAUGACUGCUGCUUUUGUCUUGGAGAUUUCUUUUUGUUUUGGUUCAGCUUGUGCUGUCUAGUCGAAUGUGUUAAAUGUCAAACUGGACUGGAUUUAAAAUCUGUUUGAUCUGAGGACAUUUCAGUCAUGAAAGGGUUUAGUCAACCUUUUAACUUUGUACACUUUGCUGAGAAAAAACAUCUGAAAGCAUUAAAAUCUUAAUUUCAAUGAAUGGA